AAUUGCUUUUGGACGCAAAAAAUUUGGCAAAAGUGGGCGGAGAUGAGGAAAAAAGACAACAACAGAUUGACACUGAAAAAACAACACUUUUUGGUGGAUAAAAUAAAAUGAAUUGACCUUAAAAAUUGGACUUUUUAUUUCUUCCAAAAAUGCCAAAAGACUUGUAUAUGUGUCAACUUUGCGCGAAUCAUGGUCAGUACAAUCAGCCAAAGAAGGGGCACAAGCAAAAAUGUCCAAAUCGUGACUGCAUGUGUUCACUCUGUUCGUUGAACAUGAAGAGACGUUUUCUGGACAGAAUUGAACGGCAAAUACGCAAGGAAAAUGACAAUGAACUUCAAAAUCCUGAAAAUGUUGAGAAAUGUAUCAAUAAUGAAGCUUUGGACAAGGUGUCUACUUCGAGUAGGUUUAAAAAAUUUUUUAAAAUUUUAAUUAAAAAGUGA